AUGGUAACGUCACUGACAUCUGACAGGCGCAACAAGAGGUGUCUCGAUGAUGAGAAUGUAUAUAAUCUCACUUUUGUUGCACUUCUACAUCGAGACCGUUCCAGUUUUGAAACAUCACACAGGCUCACUUUUUGUACUUUUCGCAAAAGAACUUAUUGUACUUUCUGCUUGCACAGCAGCUGGUUGUCGCCAGUUACUCCCAGUAUGACGGCCUUCAAUUUGUUCAUCGUCAUAAUCAGGAAAUCCAAUGGCGGAUCUAGAUUGGGGCGGGGUAGGGCAGAUCAAUAUUCUCAUCAAAUGUCGGUUAAACUCAGUUUGGCGUCUCGAAAAAUCUGA